GACAACUCAAGUAACACCCCGCCAUACUUCUUUUCCAGAACGUUCGUACCCCCAGAAUCCCUAGAGACACACCCGCACGCUAUCGCCCUCUUAUCUCCCUAGCUCGCUCUCUAUAGCGCGCGCGCUGGCGCACACAUUGAGAGAAUGUUCAAGAAGAAAGUAGAGGCCAAGUCACACCAGAGGCUGUCAGGGGCAGACAGGAAGAAGCUUAAACGUACAGUCAAAGACCGCUUCCCCAGAGCCUCCGAUGCCGAUAUCGACGUCUUGCUCCCUCCCAAGGCAGAGAUAACUGUCGCAAAGCUUCAAAAUCGAGUCCAUAUAUAUGGUGUUGAAGGAGGCUUUCCUAUGUUUUUUGAUAUUGAUGGGCGAGGCACAGAAAUAUAUCCCACCGUUUUUGCUCUUUGGAUGGUCCCCGAGCUCUUGCCUGCUUUCAUACAAGGGGGUGAGGUUUCACGAUUUGUCAUCGGAGGGGCAGAUUUGAUGUUUCCCGGUAUCAGUGUACCUCAAGAAGGUCUAGCUUCAUUUCUAGCUGGGGAACCAUGGGCAGUCAAAGUCCCUGGCAAUCCAGCUGCCAUUGCAGUUGGCGCAACCACUAUGAGCAGUACUGAAGCCUUAAAAGCCAGUCUGCGUGGAAAGGCAUUGAGAAUAACUCACUAUUAUCAUGACUUGCUUUGGGAAUCAGUUGAGGGCCACUAUGUGCCAAAUGCUGGCUUCUUAGAAGAUGUUGUGUUUGAGGAUCCUGCAUUUCUGCAGUCGUGUCAGACUUCUGAGUCAUGUGAAGGUGCUAGUGAGGCCUCAAACAGUCAACAGAAUGGCAGUGGUAGUCAUGAAAUGGGGGAACCUGUUGAUGUAACUAAUUCUCUGUCUGAAGCUAAUCAAGCUUCAAGUUCAUUGACACAGUUUGAUGUCGAGAAUGUUACUGCUGAAGAAAUAAUUGCAGGUGUUGGAGAUUUGAAGAUAAAAGAAAAUGUUCCUUCUGAGGAAUUAAGUGACCAUCAUACUCUAUCCACUGAGGAUGUGGAUGCCCUUUUGGACAAAUGCCUCUUGCAAGCCUUGCAUACAACGGUUAAAGACAAAGACCUUCCCUUGCCUGGAAGCACACUAUGGUCAAACCAUAUAUUACCUUGCAGACCCCCUGGAAUCACUCUUGACAUCAAGAAAUCAUCCUACAAAAAAUUAUCAAAGUGGUUACAGGCUAAAUCAUCCACAGGACUGAUUGCAGUGAAGGAAGAUAAACAUAAAAAGGAGGUUAUGCUAUCUUCUUUUGAUCGCAAUCAUGCUGAGUACUCAUCCUUCAAGCCUGAGAAACGGAUAGUAGAGAAAAAAAAUGAGAUUAGUGAUCAUGCUGCCAAUGACAGCCGGUCGAAUAGGAUGCUAGAUGUGGCAGAGAUCUAUAAACCGAGUGUACAUGUUAAUCCCAUUUUUGCGUCUGUAGGAGCUGAUAAGGGAAAACUUUUUAGUGCUUCAGAAGCUUCUGAUAUUGUUUUCAAAUACAUUGAGAAAGAAAAUCUGGUAAAGCUGACAGACAAGUCCAUUGUGGUUCUGGACGCAAUAUUGUGUGAUGCUCUGUUCAAGGGGGUCAUAAAAAAGGGAUCAACAUACCCAGCAGAAAUUCAUAAAAAAGAUUUAGGGCAACUAUUCAUAAGCCGGAUGCAAGCUCACCACCUUGUGACUAGAGGAAGUGAGUCGGUUGUUCGGAAAGGUGCUCUGAAAGCAAUUCAGAUACUGACAGAACGGCGGCAAGGUAACAAGAAGGUGACUAAACUCUCAGGGAUGGAAACUUUUUUGAUGGAUGCUGAAGCCUUGGCAUCAGAGCUUCAGAAAAAGUUUGCUUGCAGUACAUCAGUGGCAGAAUUACCAGGUAAGAAAGGACACGAGGUUCUGGUGCAAGGUGGUGUGAUUGAUGAUCUCGCAAAACAUCUUGUUGAACAGUAUGGAAUCCCAAAGAGAUACAUUGAGGUUCUUGAUAAAACCAAGAAAUAAGAAAUGGAUAAAAGCUAAGCUUUCUACCUAUCAUCCAAAUUUACAUGAGCGGAAACAAAUAGAUUGCUUGUGGCGCAAUAAAUUGCUGUGGGUGACAGUGGGGGUCAAUAUGUUUUUUAGUUGCCUCUAUUUGCUUGUGCGGGUAAUUAAAAAUUUGACAUAAAGUGAUGCCGUUUCUUGCAAGCUAGUACGGUUGAAAUUCUGAGGAUUUUGUACUGGUAUGAGAAUUUCUUGUAUGAAUUUACAUACAUGCCUUAACUUU